UAGAAGGAGUCAAAGACAUUCACCAUAUCCUGCUUUACCCCAUGAUAACACUAAUAUAAACAACCCUGGUAUGAGAAAUUCUAAGCAAAAUAUUAGCAUUCUCCCAUCUCCAAUUGAAACAUUAUCUUUCCAACCACCACCUUACUCAUAG